AUGCAAGACAGACAGCAAAUGGCUGGAGCUGUCAACUUCUGGCAGCCGCGGCAGGAGCAGCAGUUGCCGACCGAUACAAAUUGGUUUGGGAAUGAUUCCGCGCCUGAUGGUGUGACUCCAGCAGAGUUGGCUCUUCUGCAGCGGCAUCUGAACGAUGGAUCUCAGUGGCAGUGGUGGGGGGCGGAAGCACCAGCACAGAGCGGCAGCGCCCCAGCCGGCGACGGCGAAUGGGCGGCCGGCGGGGUCUGGCCCUGGCAGGGCUCAGGCAUGUCUGAGAUGAAUGGGGCGGCCCGCCCAGCAAUGGAGGCUGCCCAGGCUGUCCAGGCAGCACAGACAAUGACUGCCAUGGCUUCUGAAGGCGACUGGUCCGCGGGGGGGGCGCAGCCAUGGAAUUGGCAAGGCACGUCCGAUGUGGACGCUGCCACUUCGCUUCCGCAAGUGGAGGUUCAGGCGCAAGCUCCGUCCUGGUCCUGGGAUCAGGGCCGGCAAGGCUUGGCCGAGAACUCUGCGACGCCGAUGAGAAGUUCCCUCCCCCAGGUGGCCGCAAAGAUCCUCGGAGCACCUCCGGGUCUCAGCGCCCCCGCAGCCGACGUGGACCCCGACAAGGGCCUCGCGGAGCAGAUGUCGUCUGCGGUGGCGCUGUUCCUGGCCGGCGCGGAUUUCGACGAAGCGGACAGCGACGAAGAGCCUUCGCCAGAACCAGUGCCCAGCGGCGUGGUCGGCGAGGCAUCUUCCACCUUUGGCGCCUCCGCGCUUGAUGCCCCACCCUUUGUGCCGGGCCUGGGUGUGAGCACCCCAGAAGCCUCGCAAAAGAUCCAGACCUCACGGAUGAUGCCGGACGCGACUGCGACGACUGCGACGACUACCACUACGACGACCACGAGCGCAACGUCAACCCAGGUGGCCGAGCCUGCCACUCCGGAGACAACGAGUUCGUCGGGUCAAACGACCGAGCGGACCGAGUUGCGCCUGGACGACAUCCUUCCUAAGGAGGCGACGCCGUCGAUCACCAGCCCCGAGGGCCUGAACGACUUCUUCGCCAUCCUGCGCCAGCAGCCUCUUCCGGCAGACUUAGCGAAUGACCCGAGGGCAUUCUCUAUCUUCACCGGCUCCAUUGCCAAGCAUAUCCUGAUUCUGUACAAGAAGCGCCUUCGACCGACCGUCAAGUUGUUGCAGAGCAUGCUGCGGGAGACCGGCGCUUUUACCGAGGAGAUCAUCCAAUCGCUUCUCCUCGUUUGUGCAAGGGAUGUGCCCAAGAUCUACUCCAUUCGGCAAGCCCCGAUGGGUGGGCAGCCGGUUGUUCUACUUACCAAGCCUCCGAUGUGGUUCCAGGGCUUCCAAGACGAUGAUCUAGUUCAGGAAGAGCCUGAUUCUGCCAACACAGUUUACCCCGAAAGCCAUGCCGCGGACAAGCAGGCGCCACAACAGCUGGCGUCCGCCGAUUCCGAGCUCCUGAAGGCCUUCCACGGCCUUCUUUGGGACGAGUCCAUGCUCCUGCCCAAGCAGAUAACGAAAGCCGCCUUGGAGCUGCAGCGCAACUACUCGCCAUUUGUCCAUACCGCGAUGCCAGACUUGGAAAACGUGGUCAAGGAAGCUUUGCGAAGGAAGUGGCUCCGGUCUAGCAGCGAUGGCUUACGACCCUCCAACUUCGGAUCCAACAGUUCCAGGAAGCCUGCGCCUAUUGGGCCACUCGCCCCCGGAGCUUACCCCGCGCAAGCAGCUGGAGGCUUUCAGACUGCUCAAAGGGAGCAGCAGUCGUGGAAGCAUCAGGCAAGCUCAGAGACUUCAAACGAUGGGCAGGAAAAAACUGCUGAUGGACAGGACUCGGUGGGGGUUGACCCGCUUCAGAAGCAGGAUGUGUCGGGCUUGCUCAAUGAGCUGAUGUUAUUGUUCCCAACCGGCAUGCGCUUCGCGGCGCUUAAGGAGCACCUCAAAGCCUCCAAUGAUGGGCAUUUCUCUGAGAACUCCUUCCUUUGUCCCACAAUCGCUAAUGAGUACGAAGGGCUUCCAGAGAAGGUGGUCAACGGAGGCCCGACGACAGAGCAAAGUUCUUGA